ACGUCUGGAGCCCCACCAUGACCGUCCUGGGGGGCUGGGUGGUGCGCCUAUUGCUGCCCCUCUGGGCCCUGGUCCUGCCCUGCGGCCCCCCCGGGACCACGGAGGGAUGGCGGGCCGCCACCAGCCUGCCCCCCCGGGCACCACCACAGGGCCUGAGUGGGCACUGGGCCCUCGGGGCCUCCCUCCUGGGCCUGGCCCUGGCCCUCUCCCUCACCCUCCGCUCCUGGGCCACCACCACGGGGCAGCCGGCCACGGGGGUCACCCCACGGGGAAAGACUGAGCCAUCCGCAUUGAGCCAGGACAGGUCAAGAGUGACCGGCCACAAGGAGGAAGCAGCAUUACCACCCCUGGCCACGAGAGGGCGGGCUUGCCUUGUUCUGCGGCUGCAAACACAGAAACAGCUUGUGGCGACGCUGCGUCUCCCGGCUUCCCAUCCUCCUCCUCGUCCCUCCCUCCGGAUAAGGUUUCGGUCCCACCUGUUCCGCUCCGUCAAGGCAGAGGCCCAGCUGCUUCCAGCCGCGAGACCCAGGAAUGCGACCCCCGGAAUUCCCCCACGGCUUCGCCUCUUAGGAGCAACACCCGAGGCAUUAAAACCGUCCUGGGAUUCACUUGGCAUUUGCAUGCCAUCACCCCAAAAAACAACAACACAAUUGGGAAGCCCUGGAGAGUAUUUUGCAAAUCAGAAUAAUGUCUCAAAGAGAAAAAGGAGAGUUGCAUCGUCUCCAAAGCGGGACACAGAAUAAACCCGUUUUCCUCUGUA